AUGCCGUCGUCAUCAUCGAAGGAUAAGGAGAAGGAUAAAGAUGUGAAUAAGACGAAAAAGACGACGACUGUUGUCACUAAAUCGAAAUCCAGAGAUGAUUCGGAUAAUAAAUCCAAUGACGAACCAAAAGGAAAAGAGUCAUCGACAAGUAAGACAGGAAUGGGUAGUAGCGCGACAACCAAAACAGUCUCUCGGCCGAACAAUACACUUUCCGCUCAACCACCCUCGGACACGAAUCUAAGCUCCUUAUCCCAUCCACCACAGACAGCAUUGACAAAAGUACAACCUAUGGCUGGUGUGCCUAACAUUCGUAAAGAUAAUCGACGUAACUCGUCGCGUUUCAACAUAUCCAAAAAUCGGGAAUUGGUUAAACUGCCUUUAUUGAAAGACGCACCGGCGAACGAACGCGAAAGCUUAUUUGUACAGAAAUUGCAACAAUGUUGCACGGUCUUCGAUUUUCAACUUGAUCCUCUUUCGGAUCUUAAAUGGAAAGAAAUCAAACGCGCUGCGCUGAAUGAAAUGAUUGAUUAUAUUACAUCCAAUCGUGCAGUUAUUACCGAUGCCAUUUAUCCAGAAGCCGUUCGAAUGUUUUCCAUUAAUCUCUUCCGAACAUUACCACCCGUUACAAAUCCGUCAGGUGCUGAUUACGAUCCGGAAGAAGAUGAACCAAAUCUGGAGGUUGCCUGGCCACACCUACAACUUGUCUAUGACUUUUUCCUACGCUUUCUCGAAUCACCGGAUUUCCAACCGAACACCGCUAAACGGUUUAUUGAUCAAAGAUUCAUUCUCAACCUACUCGAUCUAUUCGACAGCGAAGAUCCUCGCGAACGCGACUUUCUCAAGACAAUUCUUCAUCGAAUUUACGGCAAAUUUCUUGGUCUACGAGCUUACAUCCGAAAACAAAUCAAUAAUACAUUCUACAAAUUUAUUUUCGAAACUGAACGACAUAAUGGCGUGGCUGAAUUACUCGAAAUUCUCGGAAGUAUUAUCAAUGGGUUUGCUUUACCAUUAAAAGAAGAGCAUAAAGUAUUUCUAAUCAAAGCCCUACUACCAUUGCACAAAGCCAAGACACUCAGUGUCUAUCAUCCUCAAUUAGCGUAUUGUAUUGUGCAAUUUCUGGAAAAAGAUCCUAGUUUAACUCAACCGGUGAUAAUGGGUUUAUUGAAAUACUGGCCGAAGACUCAUAGUCCAAAGGAGGUGAUGUUUCUCAAUGAAUUAGAAGAAAUCUUGGAUGUUAUCGAGCCUGCAGAAUUCCAAAAAGUAAUGAUUCCACUAUUUAAACAACUCGCCAAAUGCGUUUCCAGUCCACAUUUUCAAGUAGCAGAACGUGCACUGUAUUAUUGGAACAAUGAAUACAUUAUGAGUUUGAUAACGGAAAAUACAGCAGUAAUUCUUCCGAUUAUGUUUCCAGCUUUAUACAAGAACACGAAGACACAUUGGAAUAAGACAAUCCAUGGUUUGAUAUAUAAUGCAUUGAAAUUAUUCAUGGAAAUGAACCAUAAACUGUUCGAUGAAUGUUCCCAACGGUAUAAAGUUGAAAAACAAAAAGAGAAAGAUAAACUACGCGACCGAGAUUCGGCAUGGGUGAAGAUCGAAUCGAAAGCGCGACAGAAUCCUAGCUAUAAGAUCUACGCUUCGAAUCAGCCUGAACUCUAUCGACCGAACGAUAAUGAUGAUGAUGAUGCAGGAGCAGCGAACAUAACCGCAAAAGAAAUCGAACAAGAAGCAAAAGAAGCAAGUCGUAAUAUUCAAAAAGGCAAACCAAUGGUAAGACGAAAGAGCGAAUUACCUCAUGAUUAUUCAACAUUGAAUGCAUUGGAAAAGCAUAAACGUCCAAAUGAAUUUCUCAGUUCUUCGUCGGAAGCCAAUUUCAAUGCUCAAUAA